GGACGAUAUACAAGGGGAGGCAAAAGACUACAAUCGAUAUGAAAAUGAACCUCAUAGAUAUUAUGAUGUUCAAAACAGAAAAGAUGCAAGCAAAGAUGAUAAGUGUGAGGAGGACACUUAUAAGAAAAAACAAAAAUAGCACUACCUGAUGGGAGUAAGCGGUCAAAGCAGGCAUGGAGCUUAUUUUUCCCCUAUUUUAAUUAGUUACUUCUUCACAAAAACAAAAAGACAAAAAAACUGAA